UGUAAGUGGCGCGGGGAGUGGUGAUGGCCUAGGGAUUAGAGCCGGAGCGGGAGCACCCGCUGAGGGUGCACGACUUCCACUGACACCGGCCCCAGGUGAUGGCAGACUGGGUGCAUCUGGUACAAUGCCAGCGACUGCGCAAGGGAAGGCGGCUGGCGGUGAUUCUGCUGGCGGUGGUGGCGUGAGUGGGCCUGCAUCGGUCGAAGGCACGGAGAGGGGCCAGGGUGCUUCUGCGAGGUGGGGGCCAGGAGGUAGCGAAACAAACUCCGGAGAGACCCGGACAACAGGCGCAAAACUUCUCCUACAGGAAAAGCACCGCGCGACCACGACGGCGCCGGCGGCAACUGGGGUGGCAAAAGUUGGAGAGGUGGAGCAGCCCGUCGCAGAUGAUGGCGUCGCAGAGACUGGGGAGGAGCAGUCAUCGGAGGACACUGGUGGCGCCACUGAAACCGCGCACGCAGAGCAACUACUGAACCGAGGAGAGCGUCAAGCAGCUGGCGAAGGAGGUGAGCAGGCUUCUCAGCAGUCUGCAGUUGCAGACGACAAGGGGCAAGGAGAUGCCAGUAGCGGUGCUGCUACCAAGGCAGGACGGAGCCCGCCUUCCGGUCCGACACCAUCUACCCUGGCCGCUGAAGCAGAGCAGGUGGGCCUUUUGGUCGAGCGUGCGCAAUUGGCUGCGAAGGCGACUGCCGAAAGCGCUGGGAAGGCAGAGGAGGUGACCGCAAAGGCAGCGCCGAGGGGAGGCGGCGGCGAAGAACCCCUGCGGCAACAGCUUGUCAAACAGGCGCACACGCUUGCGGCUGCUGCGCGGACGGCCGCGAACACUGCAGCGGAGCUCGUCGAAGUAGAGGAGGCGCGCACCCGUGCGGAAACGCGUGACGCCGCGGCCUCUGCAGUCCACUUUGCAGAGACUGCAGCGGCGGAAGCGGAGUUGGAACAGCGGGUCGCGGCGGACACCGCGGCGCGAGCCGAGGUUGCUAUCGGUCUGGUGGGAAUUUUUGAUGAGCAGUGGCGUUCUGCUGAGGAUGCUUAUCAAAAGGCGGCUGAAGCGUUGGAGGAGGCCAGGCAGCUUGAUGAAGACAGCCCAGCGGCAGAGGAGCUUGAGGAGCAGGUCCAGGCUGCUCGACAGGCCGUCGGAGACAUCGAGGAGACGCUACAAAAUACCGCAGAAAAGGGCCGCUCAUCCAGUCCUGCAUCCUCGAGCUCAGGUGCAGACACCCUAGACCCGACGAAAAUACUCAGAGACGCUGCCGCAGACGUAGAGAAGCUGGCAGCAGCUAUCUCCGAGGCAAGUGCAAAAGUUACAGGCUUUCUGGAGGAUGCGGAAGAGAAGGCGAGAAGGGAGGCCAGUAAGCAGGCGAAGGCCGCAGGCGAUAGCAGUAGGAAAGACCAUGCCGCAGGUGGUGACGGCAGUGGCGCAGCAAAUGGAGACGCGGCGCAGCCGUCCGGAGACUCGAUAGCCACCGGCGACGGGGGCACCUUAGAACACUCCUCCGCGCAAAAGGCUACAGGCGUGAAAGAGGGGGGUAGCGGUCUUCCACCCGCUUCUUCUCGAGGAGAUGUCGUGCCUCAAGCUGAAGCACGAGCAGGCGCACGAGAAUCAAAAGAAACCCCGGAAGCAGGAGGAAGUACCGCUGACGCCGAGGACCGAGGACAGCCUUCCGCGGGAGAGCCUGGCAGCAGCGCUGUGGGACGUGAAGGGGGUGCGUCGGCCUUGGCAGCUCCAGGUCUUCGACGUGCGGCCACGACGGUCGGCAAGCCUCAGCCAGCACGCGAGAAAGGGCAGCAAACCCCACCAGAAGAUGAAGAAGAAGCGGCCUCGCCGCCGCAUGUAAGUGGCGCGGGGAGUGGUGAUGGCCUAGGGAGCAGAGCCGGAGCGGGAGCACCCGCUGAGGGUGCACGACUUCCACCGACACCGGCCCCAGGUGAUCGCAGACUGGGUGCAUCUGGUACAAUGCCAGCGACUGCGCCAAAUCCUCCGGAAGCAGGGAAACCACCCAUGCGGCAUGAAGAGGAGGCGCUGCCCCACCCAUCUGCGCCAGAGGUCGUGGCAGAACCUAUCGUGACUGCAGGCAGCGGCAGCGGCUAUUCCGUCGCUCUUGCCUCACAGGCGACCUCGGCUCUCAUAAAAAAGCUCCAAGACGGUAAAGGCGCAGACCUCCUACACGCAUGCAAGCAGCUCCUUCAGCGCGGAGAUGCUCCUGCUUGGGUCAUGAAAGAAUGUAGACAAUUUAUCAACCCGUUGGAGGGUCGCGGCGUACCUGCAGCGAGAGUGGGCCCGCCUUCGAGUCCAGCGGCGAAUGGCAAACAGCUGCAUGAAGAUGAAACCAUACAGCAGCUUCCACCCACACCUGGUGCUGGCACGAAAAACGCACACCAUGGAACUACAUCGACUGGAAUGCCCGCCACAGGCUCUGGCGCACCUUCUGGAAAGACUUCUGCAGCCUCCGUGAUGGGCAAGACUACUGCUGCGACCGCUUUAACAGAUGACGGGCAGCGCAAUCUGAUCCAAAAAGUGAAAACGACUAGCCCUCAGGACGAGGCCUUUCACUCUGCAUGCCGUGAGCUCCUUCGCCUUCCGAAAAGUGAAGGUCUUCAGCAGGUUCAAAGCGUGUGUGAACUGCAUGUGAAGACGCCAAAGACGAAAGCAAACCCCAGCGCAGGCGCCGGCCCUCGCGGAUCAGCGCGCGUCGAUGAGGGUGCAGGGCAAGACACUGGGAGCGACGCUCUGGCACAACCUGGCAGCCCACCUGAUACAGACAAGGGCGAUGACUCCGCCAAGCAACUCGUCGCUUUACCCGCGGACCAAAAAAGUAGCAGCAACGCAGCUCGCCUUUAUGGUGGGUUCACUCUUACUCUUGAAGAAUCUCGGUAG